AUGGCCGCCAUUGAAAUGCGUACUUCGAACGAGGAAGGCGAAGUGGCUAUUUCGGCUUACGAAGUUGAGGAAGACGAGCACGGCUGCAAAGAACGAGUUCUUCACAAGUAUUUCUUACUGGAAUGGAAACUCGUCAAGUCCUUGCUCGACGAAAUCCUCUCUAAUGGCCGUGUCGUAGAUCCUGCUUCUGUCCACAAGAUCCGAUCCAUCAUGGACAAGUACCAAGAGGAGGGGCAGCUUGUGGAACCAUACCUGGAGAGCAUAGUUUCACCAUUGAUGCUGAUUAUCCGUUCUAGAACAAUGGAGUUGGGAGUUGCUUCGGACGAGAUCCUCGAAGUAAUCAAGCCGAUUUGCAUAAUCCUGUACACUCUGGUUACGGUUUGCGGAUACAAGGCUGUUACCAAGUUCUUCCCGCACCAAGUGCCCGAUUUGGAGCUGGCAGUUUCGCUUCUGGAGAAGUGCCACAAUACUGCUUCAACAACGGCGCUGCGGCAGGAAAGCACUGGCGAGAUGGAGACCCAAUGUGUCAUUCUUCUGUGGCUUUCUAUUCUUGUCUUGGUUCCCUUUGACAUUUCCUCCGUCGAUACAAGCAUAGCAAGCAAUAGCUUACGGAGCGAAGAUGAGCCAGUUCCUCUGGUCUUGAAGAUUUUGAGCUUCUCCAAGGACUAUCUUUCAAGUGCUGGUCCCAUGCGCACUAUGGCUGGGUUACUGCUCUCCAGGCUUCUAACUCGACCUGAUAUGCCAUUGGCUUUCACCAGCUUUCUAGGAUGGACACAUGAAGUAUUGUCUUCAGGAGCAGAUGAUACGCUGUCACAUUUUCGGCUGCUAGGUGUUUUGGAAGCACUAGCUUCCAUUUUCAAGGCAGGUGGCCGGAUACUAUUGAUAGAUGUUGUUCCCAUUGCUUGGAAUGAUGUCUCAUUGUUGUCAAAAUCCAGCAUGGCUUCUCGUAGUACUUUGCUCCGUAAGUUCUUGGUGAAGUUAUCUCAACGGAUUGCACUUACAUGCCUCCCUCAUCGUGCACCAGUCUGGCGUUAUGUGGGAAAAACCAGUUCACUUAGAGAGAAUGUUUCUUUGACUACAAAUGACGGACCUGAUGAUUCCAGUCGUGAUGUGGGGAUCAAUCCCAGCAAAUCAGAGGGCAGUUCGAGAUUCCUACAAGAAGACGACAUGGAGAUUCCAGAAAUAAUUGAAGAGAUCAUCGAGAUGUUGCUUUCUGGACUGAAAGACACGGAUACAGUUGUGCGCUGGUCUGCUGCAAAAGGAAUAGGACGUAUAACUUCAUGUCUGACGUCUGCUCUUUCGGAUGAGAUCUUGUCCUCUGUUUUGGAGCUAUUUUCUCCUGGUGAAGGUGAUGGUUCAUGGCAUGGGGCUUGCUUAGCUUUGGCUGAACUUGCACGUAGAGGACUGCUGUUACCCACCAGUCUACCAAAAGUUGUACCUUUCAUUGCUAAGGCCUUACAUUAUGAUGUUCGAAGAGGCCCACAUAGUGUUGGAUCCCAUGUACGUGACGCUGCAGCAUAUGUUUGUUGGGCCUUUGGUCGUGCAUAUUAUCAUUCUGACAUGAAAUGUGUACUGGAGAAGCUUGCUCCGCACCUCUUAACAGUGGCCUGCUAUGAUCGGGAGGUGAAUUGCAGAAGAGCAGCUGCAGCUGCUUUCCAGGAAAACGUAGGAAGACAAGGGAAUUAUCUUCAUGGCAUUGACAUUGUCAAUUCGGCAGAUUAUUUUUCACUUUCCUCGCGAAUUAACUCUUAUCUUCAUGUGGCCGUCCAUAUUGCUGAAUAUGAUGGAUAUGUGUAUCCAUUUGCAGAAGAACUUCUGGAUAACAAGAUAGGCCACUGGGAUAAAGGCUUGAGAGAACUUGCUUCCGAGGCUCUUUCUGCUCUUGUCAAAUAUGAUCCUCGAUAUUUUGAACACUUUGUCUUAGAGAAACUAAUUCCUUCAACACUCUCAUCCGAUCUAUGCUUGCGUCAUGGUGCAACUUUAGCCGCCGGGGAAGUUGCACUAGCCCUGCAUCAAUGUCAAUAUACUCUAACGACAGAUAAACAGAAACAACUUGCUGGACUUGUAUCUGCUAUUGAGAAAGCACGUCUCUAUCGAGGGAAGGGCGGAGAGAUAAUGCGUUCUGCUGUUUCUCGGUUUAUCGAAUGCAUCUCUUUGUCUGGUGUGGUGAUACCCGAUAAGAUUAGACAAAGUUUGCUUGACACUCUUACAGAGAAUUUGAGACAUCCUAAUAGUCAAAUACAGAGCGCUGCUGUUAAAGCACUGGACCAUUAUGUUCGAGCUUAUUUAGUGGCUGCAAGCAGUGUAGGAACAAGCAGCACCAUAGUGUCAAAGUACCUUCAACAGUUGACAGACCCCAAUGUUGCAGUAAGAAGAGGGUCUGCCAUGGCAUUAGGUGUUUUGCCGUAUGAAAUUUUGGCUGACAGGUGGAAGGAUGUGAUUUUGAAGCUCUGCAAAUCUUCUGCAAUUGAGGAUAACCCUGAGGACAGAGAUGCUGAAGCACGAGUAAAUGCGGUCAAAGGACUUGUAUUAGUGUGCAAGACCUUAAAUCAGGCCAGUAAACUUCCAGCAAUGUUGUUGUCUGAACAGGAUUGUUGCUUAUCCCUCUAUCACUUGAUGAAGAAUGAAGUAAUGAUGAGUUUACUUAGAGCUCUUGAUGAUUAUUCUGUUGACAAUAGAGGCGAUGUGGGUUCUUGGGUCCGUGAGGCUGCCAUGGAAGGUCUUGAGGAGUGUACAUAUAUCCUGUCUUCUGUGGAUUCCACUAUUAAAUCAAAUACCAGGGAAUCUGGAUCAGAAAUCCUUCCAUUUUUAGAUGAAAAACUUGCUACUAGUGUAAUUGGAGGAAUUGUCAAGCAAGCUGUAGAAAAGAUGGAUAAACUAAGAGAAGCUGCUGCAAAGGUUCUUCAAAGGAUUUUAUACAACACAAAGCCGUUUGUCCCAUUCAUACCGUACAGGGAAAAGCUAGAGAAAAUUAUUCCAGACAAAUCAGAGACAAAGUGGGGGGUACCGAACUUUUCAUAUCCACGAUUUGUGGAGUUGCUCCAGCUUAGCAGCUACAGCCGAUUUGUGGUAUCUGGUUUAGUGAUUUCAGCGGGUGGUUUGCAAGACUCUUUGAGGAAGGCAUCUGUUGCGGCAUUGCUGGAUUUCCUUCAAGUGGCAGACUCAACUGAAGUGGAGCAUCAGAAGAGAAAGUCAAGAGAGAAAAUGCUUAGUAGUGACAUCCUUUGGGUUCUUCAACAGUACAAGAGAUGUGACAGAGUGAUCGUGCCGACUCUGAAGACAAUUGAAAUCCUCUUCAGCAGCAAGAUUUUCUUCGACAUGGAGGCAGAUGGUCGAAGCUUUUUUGCCGGCGUGUUGGAGUGUCUUGUCGUGGAAUUGAAGGUGUCGAAGGACUUUGGGAAGCUAUAUGCUGGGAUUGCUAUACUAGGCUACAUUGCUUCGACAUCAGAACCCACAAAUAUUGGGGCCUUCAAACAUCUUUUAACUUUCCUUAGCCAUCGAUAUCCCAAGAUAAGGAAGGCUUGUGCGGAACAGCUGUAUCUUGUUCUCCUGCAAAACUCUGAUCUGUUGCCGGAGGAAAAGAUGGAAGGAGCGGUGGAAAUCAUUUCUGAAACAUGCUGGGAUGGGGAUGUGGAUGGCGCAAGGAAGCAGUUGGUGGAGCUGUGGAAAAUGGCUGGUCUGGAACUUGGAGAACUCAAGCUUGGGAAUCGGGCAUCUAGAAAGACACGUGGCGAAAAGCCGAGAUCAAACGAGGAUGAGGAUGCCUCGUAUUCGUCGCUGGUCGAAUCAUCUGGUUUCUAA